AUGUCUAGAGACAAAGAGACAAAACCUGCUAAAAACAAAUGCCAUGCACUUCGUGGUAUUGAAAAAAAAGAAAUCUGUCAAAUAAAAAAAGACAACCCCACAAUUAAAAUGGCUGAAUUAGCCAAACAGUUUGAAUGUGCCAUACCAACGGUCAGUGAAAUUUUGUCAAAUAGUGAUUUCUGGCUCAAUAUUGAUGAAGAGUCCACCAUUGGUAUAUUUAAAAGAAGACGUCAAAGCAAUUUUCCUAAUAUAGAGGAAGCAUUGGGUCUUUGGGUAGAAAAUGCAGUAAGCGACAAAGUAACCUUAAUGGAUUCGAUUUUAAAAGAAAAGGCUAAAAAAUUUGCUAUUUUGUUUGAUAAUUAUGAAUUUGGUGCAACUAAUGGGUGGUUAGAAGGAUUCAAAAAGAGAAACAGUUUAAAAUCUUAUAAAAAAAAGGGGGAAGCUGGAAGCGUCGAUUUGACCAAAUUACCUGAGCAACGUACAUAUUUGAAAUCGAUUUUAGAAGGAAAAAAAUUGUUGAAGGAUCGUGUAUCUAUACUUGCAACUUGUAAUGCAACUGGGGAAGAAAAAUUACCUUUAUUGUUUAUAAAUAACUCAAAUACUCCUCGAUCGUUACGCGGAAUUGAUAAAACUACUCUCGGUAUAUGGUAUUAUUAUAAUAAAUCUGCCUGGAUGCAACGCUCUAUAUUUGAAAGUUACCUUAGAAAAGUUAACAACAUGUUUCGCUUACAAAACCGCAAAAUUAUUCUACUAGCCGAUAACGUCUCUAGUCACAAAGUUGAUGAUCUUGAACUAUCUAAUAUUAAACUUCAUUUUUUACCUCCAAAUACAUUGACUCAACUUCAACCCCUCGACCAAGGAAUUAUUUAUAGUCUCAAGGUUUUUAUUCCAAAAGUUACUAUCCUUGAUGCGAUUAACUUUGUGGUUAAAGCAUGGGAUUGCGUGAAAACACAAACGGUUACAUCAUCCUGGACUCGUGCAGAUAUUUUACCAGUUUCCCCAUCCUCUAUCCCUAUAACAUACGCUACAGAAGAAAUUGAAGAAGUCAAAAGGGAAAUAGCAGAUCUCAUUCAGCGUUUACCCAUGGAUGAACCAAUGAACAUAGAAGAGUAUAUAGAUAUUGACAAAAAUGCUGAAAUUUAUUCGUUUACUGAUGAAAAUGGUUUAUUUCAAGAGAUUGUAGAUACGGUUAAUCAUAUUGAAACACUAGAAGAGGAUGAACCUUCUGAAGAACAAAUUGUAACAAGCUCUGAAGCAUUGUUGGGGUGUGAUAACAUGCUUGCAUACAUUGCGCAAAAGAAUUUGAAUGUUGACUAUUUUGUUAUAAACACAUUAAAUAAGUUAAGAAAAGAAAUCUCUCGAACCAGUAUGGAAUUGGCACGACAAACCACUCUCCAGGAAUAUUUGACAUUCGAUGUGUAG